CCCUCUCGUGCCUGAAGCCCGCACUUCAGGCAGGGCGCCCUCUGGUGAUGGGCCAGCAGUACCUCCUCUUCAGCGGCCCACACAACAAAAUUAAAGUGAUAUUCCACCAAGUAACUGCAGAUUUACUCAAGCUUGACUUUAUCCAUCAGUGGAGCAUAAAGGCCACGUUCUAUUUGUGACGUGACGCAGAUGAUAAUUUUCACUUUCUCCAUCUCCAACUUUCACUUUGUCAGUUUACAAUUUCAAUUUCUUCCCCCCCUUCAUUUAUAUAGCCGCAAAUCACAACAAAGUUGCCUCAAGGUGCUUCACACAACCCCUAGAGCAAGGAAAGGAAAAAAAGGAAAUGAUGAAUAAAAGUUUCAGCUUGUUUGUUUGUUUGCUUGUUUUUAUCUCUGAAUUUGUUUUUCCACAGAUGGAAGAUCUUGAACUGUUUCAGAAGACUCUCCGAGCCAUCCUCCACAUGAACAAGGGCCGACUGUCACUGACCCGACUCAAGUCAGAGUACAAGCUGCUGACUGGAGAAAACAUUGCCUUCAGACAAAUGGGACACAGAACUCUGAUGUCACUGAUCCUCAGCAUGCCCUCCAUCAUCCACAUGCAGCAGAAUCGAUUUGGAGAGAUGAUGUGCUUUUCUUCCACCGAGCCCCAGACAGCCAAGGUGACAAGCCCUCAGCAGGUCUCCAAGGAGAUAAACCAACAACACCAGAUCCAGGUCCACAGUGAUGUGAGGGUCAGACCAGCUGCACCGCGAGUAUUCAAAGACAAACCUCAGACUCCACGCAGGCCGUCCAAUCCCAGUGGACAGAAUGUCGGCAUCAUCAUGACGAGGGACAUCAGGAUGGUCCCGUCAGAACGCAGGUCCUCACGCCCACCUUCAGCACAGCCUCCUUCCUCCCCUGCAGCUCUCAGCCCAGAGCUGAAGUUGAAGCUGAAGGAGCUACUGAAGACGUUCCCUCAUGGACUGUGGGCCAAGGCGCUGCCGAAGGUUUUCCAGGACAAAUACAAAACAAAACUACCUGAAUACGUCCUGGAAAACCUGGAUCUCCUGAAAGACGUCUCUGAUAUCAUCUCUUCACUGCCUGAUGACCCCAAGAAGGUCAUCCUCUACAGCAAGAUCCCUCCCUGAAGGACGGCGAUAACAGGAGGAAAUUUUGAAAGACAUUUUUUUACAUAAUAAUAAUAAUAAUAAUAAUAAUAAUGUGUAGUGUAGAUUGGAGGGUGUUUCCUGGCCUUCCCCAGCCACUAAUAAAAAAGCCAAGAAAAACCCUGCCAUAUCACUUUAUUCUUUCUUCAGGAUCAUCACUUUUUUACUCUUUGAUGUUAAACUUACUGUUAUAUGGCUGGGGGGGCCUGGCUGCCUUUUU